GCAUCAGUCACCCAGAGGCUGUACCAUUUAACAUGAGUGUGGCCAAUGAGAGCAUCUCAUGGGAGUUCAUUCUCUUAGGGUUUUCAGACCGGCCAUGGCUGGAGCUACCAUUCUUUGUGGUGUUUCUAGUGUCCUAUAUUCUGACCAUCUUUGGAAAUAUGAUGAUAAUUCUUGUGUCCCGCCUGGAUUCCAAACUCCACACACCCAUGUACUUUUUCCUCACUAACCUGUCCCUGCUGGACCUGUGCUACACCACAAGCACAGUCCCACAGAUGCUCGUCAACAUCUGCAGCACCCGGAAGGUGAUCAGCUAUGGCGGCUGUGUGGCCCAGCUUUUCAUUUUCCUGGCCUUGGGUUCCACAGAAUGCUUUCUCCUGGGUGUCAUGUCCUUUGACAGGUUUGUAGCCAUCUGUCGGCCUCUCCACUACUCAGUCAUCAUGCACCAAAGGCGCUGCCUCCACUUGGCAGCUACAUGCUGGAUCAGUGGCUUCAGCAAUUCAGUAUUACAGUCCACAUGGACCCUUCAGAUGCCACUGUGUGGUCACAAGGAAGUGGACCAUUUCUUCUGUGAAGUCCCUGCCCUGCUCAAGUUGUCCUGUGUGGAUACAACAGCUAAUGAAGCUGAGCUGUUCUUCAUCAGUGUGCUGUUUCUUCUAAUACCUGUGACUCUCAUCCUCAUAUCAUAUGCCUUCAUUGUGCAAGCAGUGUUGAGAAUCAGAUCAGCUGAAGGUCGGCGAAAGGCGUUUGGGACAUGUGGUUCCCACCUCAUUGUGGUGGUACUUUUUUAUGGCACUGCCAUCUACAUGUAUCUGCAGCCACCAUCCCCUACUUCCAAGGACCGGGGGAAAAUGGUGUCCCUCUUUUAUGGGAUCAUCACACCCAUGCUGAACCCCCUCAUCUACACACUCAGGAACAAAGAGGUAAAGGGAGCAGUCAAGAGGUUGAUGACAAGGGUCAUCUUGAGUAGAAAAUAGGGAUGCCUGAAUAA